UGCAGAGUUUAUUUCAUAUUAUAAAUAUUUAUAUAUAUUAUAGUGUGUAUCAGUGUUAUUACACUCAGUAGUUUGAUUACGGUCAAAGAACGAUGUAAUAAAAUUUCCUUGUGCGCGAUAUUGUAAAAACAAUAUAUUUAAAUUAAAUAUAUAAUACAUUUUUAUAUAUUUUUAUUCAUGUGAGCAAAUUCAAAGUUAUCAUAAUGGAUCGAAUACGACCGAGUUAUGUGACAGCAUUGGCGAUAGGAGUAACGGCUUUAGCAUUUACAUGGUGGCGAUGGCGGAAAAAUACAAAAUUGCCGAACAAGUGGCGUAAAGUCGGUGAAUUAAGUGACAUCUUUGUUUUCCCCGUGAAAUCAUUCGGUUACAUUAAGGAGACAGAAGUUGAAUGCACUCAAUUGGGAUGCAAAAAAGGCUGGUUACGUGAUCGUACACUGAUGGUGACACAACUAGACGGUAGAUUUAUUACUGCACGAAAAUAUCCGCAAAUGGUCCUUGUGACUCCUAGUAUAGAAGGGUCAGUUUUGACUUUGAGUGCACCUGGAAUGACUAAUAUAAGCAUUGAUCUAGCGGAAGUAAGAAACAAAAUGCUCAAAGUUGUAAUCUGGGGUCAGUCUACUCCAGCUUCUGAUUGCGGAGAUGAAGUCGCUCGUUGGAUAUCUCGAUUUCUAGUUCAAGAAGACACUGGCUUUAGACUAGUGUACUAUCCACUUGAAAAACCGUCUCGUGAUGGGAGAAAACACAAUAGGGGAUUCCCGCUGAUUGAAAAUUCACAUAUCGGCGCGUUUCCAGAUGAAACAUCUUUUUCAUUAAUGAACAAAGCUUCAGUAGAUGAUUUGAACGAUCGACUAGAAGAGCCGGUUACUGCUUUAAAUUUUCGGCUCAAUUUUCUUGUAGAAGGGGCUAAACCUCUUGAAGAAGACACUUGGAAAUGGGUUAAAAUAGGAGAUGUGAUUUUUCGUAAUAUAAGACCUUGCACUAGAUGUUUGCAUACAACUAUUGAUCCAAACGAGGGCGUCAAGCAUCCUAAAAUGGAACCAUUGGUUACUUUACGAAAAUACAGAAACGUUCAAGAUCCUGCUUUACGUCGUUUCACUGGAGACAGUCCAGUGAUGGGCAUUCAUCUGGGAUUAAAAGGACCAAGUGGCAAUGUCAAAAUUGGAGAUCCCAUUUAUGUUAAUGUCCCUGAGAAAGAUGAUCUCCAGUAAACACAUUUGUAACCAGAACCUUGGGAUUCAUUGGGUAGAAUUGUAAUAUAGUUCAUAGUUAAUGAAAUUUUUAUAUGUGAUUAUAUUUGAUUUAUUAUGUCUCAAUAUUUGAUAUUAGUUUUAUAGCUGACGUUGUUAUAUGAAGAAAAAUAUGUAGCAAUUAAUAAAUAUGAAUCCAAAUAUGAAUGUAACCAUUACAAAUUCUCAAUUUUAUGUUUCUUUAUCACUUACAUGGUAUUUUUUUUUAUCUUACACGGUUUCAUUAAAUUUAAAAAAAAAUAAAAUUGUAAAAUUAUCAUUAUCUAU